GAAACCAACCGCUCCAUCAUUCUUCACCUCUUCACUUCUCCUCUGCAAUACCCUGAAACCGGAAAUUAAUGGCUGAUAAGAUCCCCACAGCAGAGCUCGUCUCCAGUGGAGGCCGGAAGAUCCCACUCCUGGGCUUUGGCACUGCCACAUUCCCGCUAGUGCCAUUUGAGGAAACCAAGGCGGCGGUCCUCGAGGCGAUCAAGCUCGGCUACCGGCACUUUGACACUGCAGCCGUGUAUUUGUCAGAGGAGCCAAUCGGGCAGGCCAUCAAGGAAGCACUAGAGCUCGGGCUCGUUAAUUUGCGGGACGAGUUCUUCAUCACCUCCAAGCUCUGGUGCACGGAUGCACAUCCCGGGCUAGUCAUCCCUGCCCUCCAGAAGAGCCUCGAGAAGCUAAAGUUGGAGUACUUGGACCUGUAUCUGAUCCACUGGCCCGUGAGCAUGAAACCGGGAGUCGAUAAAUACCCGAUAAAAAAAGAGAACCUACUUCCGAUGGACUUCAAGGGCGUGUGGGCGGAUAUGGAGGAAUGCCAGAGGAAAGGGCUCACAAAGUCUAUCGGGCUCAGCAAUUUCUCUUGCAAGAAGGUCGGUGGCAUUCUAGCCAAUGCUAAGAUACCCCCUGCAAUAAAUCAGGUGGAGCUGAACCCGCUGUGGCAGCAGCGGCAACUUAGAAAGUUCUGCGCGAGCAAUGGGAUACUCCUGACGGCCUAUUCAGCCUUGGGGGCUAAAGGGACCUUUUGGGGAAGCAACCGAGUCAUGGAUUGCCCAGAGCUUAAGGAGAUUGCCGAAGCCAAGGGCAAAACAGUUGCUCAGAUAUGCCUGAGAUGGGCGUUCGAGUAUGGGGCCUGUGUGCUGGCGAAGAGCUUCAACAAGAGCAGGAUGAAGGAGAACUUGGCGAUAUUCGACUGGGAGCUCACCGAGGAAGAGUUGCAGAAGAUCAGUGAGAUCCCACAGACGAGAGUCAGCCUCGGCGAGGAUUUCAUCUAUGUGAAUGGGCCUUACAAAACCAUCGAGGAGUUCUGGGAUGGUGAAUGAUUUGGUUUUCCGGAUUUCUUGCCAAGCCCUUAAACUCUGCAGCAGAGCUCAGGCGCCAUAUCCUUUCGCGACAAGUCCAGACAGUCGUUUUCUGUCUCAACUCAAUGUUCGUUGUAUUGCUUAUGGAUACACGGUGAAAUUCCAUUAACGAUCAAUCAAAAUAUGUGGUGAAAUUCGAUUCACGAUCAAU